GCCUCCUCCUCCUUCCCGUCCUGAUCCCUGUGGGGGAACGGUGUUCCCGCAGCCUAGCUGCCCCAUCCCGUCUGGUGGUGUGGCUCAUGAGGUGAAGAUGGUGAUCCGCAUCUUCAUCGCCUCCUCCUCGGGCUCCGUGGAGAUAAAGAAGAGGCAACAAGAUGUGGUGAGGUUUCUGGAAGCCAACCACAAAGAGUUUGAAGAAGUGGAUAUCACAACGUUGGAGGAGAAAAGACAAUGGAUGUAUACAAUUAUUCCUGAGGAUAUGUAGCCUGCACAAGGCAAUCCAUUGCCACCACAGAUAUUCAGCGAUGAUCGGUACUGUGGAGAUUAUGAUGGAUUUUUUGAAUCAAAGGAGAGCAACACUGUCUUCUCCUUCCUCGGACUGAAACCUACUUUGGCAUCAAAGGAGUCAGAACCAUAGAAAAACCUACCUGAAGUAUGGACAAGCACAUCUCCUGGAUAAAUGACCCUGUUUUUCAGCACACAACAGCUUUCCUAAUGGAUCACUGUGAUAGA